GCCAGAGUCCUUGCAGCUCGCGCCUGUCCCCUGGGGCUCGAUUGCGAGGGUGCUCCGGGUGGGCAUGAACGGCGGGCAAGGUUGCAAGCCUCUUAUGUAAGGAGCUGAGAGGGAAAUAAAGUAUACAGGAUGAAAAGAUGGCGAUGUUGCCUCUCCCAGGACCUCAGAGCUUUGUCUACUUCACAAAAGAGUCUCUUGCUCAUAUUGAACAGCGUAUUGCAGAAGGAAAAACAAAGGAACCAAAGGAAGAAAAGAAAGAUGAUGACGAAGAAGGUCCAAAGCCAAGCAGUGAUUUGGAAGCUGGAAAACAGCUGCCCUUCAUCUAUGGGGAUAUCCCUCCAGGCAUGGUCUCGGAGCCCCUGGAGGACCUGGACCCAUAUUAUGCAGACAAAAAGACGUUCAUAGUCUUGAACAAAGGAAAAGCAAUAUUUCGCUUCAAUGCCACACCUGCUUUAUACAUGCUUUCUCCUUUCAGUACUUUAAGAAGACUAUCUAUUAAAAUUUUAGUACACUCUUUAUUUAGCAUGCUUAUCAUGUGCACUAUUCUCACAAACUGCAUAUUUAUGACCAUGAAUAACCCUCCAGAUUGGACCAAAAAUGUAGAGUAUACUUUUACUGGAAUAUAUACUUUUGAAUCACUUGUUAAAAUCCUUGCAAGAGGCUUUUGUGUAGGAGAGUUUACUUUUCUUCGUGACCCAUGGAACUGGCUUGAUUUUGUCGUCAUUGUUUUUGCAUAUGUGACAGAGUUUGUGGACCUGGGCAAUGUCUCAGCAUUGAGAACAUUCAGAGUCCUCCGAGCACUGAAAACCAUUUCAGUCAUUCCAGGCCUGAAGACCAUUGUGGGGGCACUGAUCCAGUCUGUGAAGAAGCUGUCAGAUGUCAUGAUCUUGACUGUGUUCUGUCUCAGCGUGUUUGCACUGAUCGGGCUGCAGCUCUUCAUGGGCAGUUUGAAGUAUAAAUGUGUGAUGGAUCCCCUAGAAAGUAAUGAAACAAUAGAAAGCAUAGUGGAGAGAAGUCUGGAUGAAGAGGAAUAUAAAAAAUAUUUUUAUUACUUGGAGGGAUCCAAAGAUGCUCUUCUUUGUGGUUCUAGCACAGACUCAGGUCAGUGUCCAGAAGGAUACAAAUGUAUAAAAGUUGGCAGAAAUCCUGAUUAUGGCUAUACGAGCUUUGACACAUUUAGCUGGGCCUUCUUAGCCUUAUUUCGGCUUAUGACUCAAGAUUAUUGGGAAAAUCUUUAUCAACAAACACUACGUGCUGCUGGGAAAACCUACAUGAUCUUCUUUGUGGUGGUGAUUUUCCUGGGCUCCUUUUAUCUGAUAAACCUGAUCCUUGCUGUAGUUGCCAUGGCCUAUGAAGAACAGAACCAAGCAAACUUGGAAGAAGCUAGGCAGAAAGAGUUAGAAUUUCAACAAAUGUUAGAUCGACUUAAGAAAGAACAAGAAGAAGCUGAGGCAAUAGCAAUGGCAGCUGCUGAAUAUACAAGUAUUAGCAGAAGUAGAAUUAUGGGUCUUUCUGAGAGUUCUUCAGAAACAUCCAAGCUGAGCUCUAAAAGUGCUAAAGAAAGGAGAAACAGAAGAAAGAAAAAGAAUCAAAAGAAGCUUUCUAGUGGAGAAGAAAAGAGGGAUGAUGAAAAAUUGUCUAAAUCAGAAUCAGAGGAGAGUAUCCAAAGGAAGAGCAUUCACCUCGGUGUUGAAGGGCAUAAAAGAGCACGUGAAAAGAGACUCUCUACCCCUAAUCAGUCACCACUCAGCAUUCGUGGCUCCUUGUUUUCUGCAAGGCGCAGCAGCAGAACAAGCCUUUUCAGUUUCAAGGGUCGGGGAAAAGACAUUGGAUCUGAGACUGAGUUUGCGGAUGAUGAGCACAGCAUUUUUGGAGACAUUGAAAGCAGAAGGGGCUCAUUGUUUGUACCCCACAGACCCCGGGAGCGGCGUAGCAGUAACAUCAGCCAAGCCAGUAGGUCCCCCCCAAUGCUGUCGGUGAACGGGAAGAUGCACAGUGUCGUGGACUGCAAUGGUGUGGUCUCCCUGGUUGAUGGACCGUCAGCCCUCAUGCUCCCCAAUGGACAGCUUCUGCCAGAGGUGAUAAUAGAUAAGGCAACUUCUGAUGACAGCGGCACAACAAAUCAGAUACAUAAAAAAAGACGUUCUAGUUCUUUCCUUUUUUCUGAGGAUAUGUUGAAUGAUCCUCAUCUCAGACAAAGAGCAAUGAGUAGAGCAAGCAUAUUAACAAACACUGUAGAAGAACUUGAAGAGUCCAGACAAAAAUGCCCCCCUUGGUGGUACAGAUUUGCACACACAUUUCUGAUCUGGAAUUGCUCUCCCCGUUGGAUAAAAUUCAAAAAGCUUGUCCAUUUUAUUGUAAUGGAUCCUUUUGUAGAUCUUGCUAUUACCAUUUGUAUAGUCUUAAACACAUUGUUUAUGGCUAUGGAACAUCACCCAAUGACUGAAGAAUUCAAACAUGUGCUCGCUGUGGGAAAUUUGGUCUUUACUGGUAUCUUUGCAGCUGAAAUGGUUUUAAAACUAAUUGCCAUGGAUCCAUAUGAGUAUUUCCAAGUAGGAUGGAAUAUUUUUGACAGCAUUAUUGUGACUUUAAGCUUAGUAGAGCUUUUUCUAUCAAAUGUAGAAGGAUUGUCAGUUCUGCGAUCAUUUAGACUGCUCCGAGUUUUCAAAUUGGCAAAAUCCUGGCCAACACUGAACAUGCUGAUAAAAAUUAUUGGUAACUCAGUAGGGGCUCUGGGAAACCUCACCUUGGUGUUGGCCAUUAUUGUCUUCAUUUUUGCUGUGGUGGGCAUGCAGCUCUUUGGUAAGAGCUACAAGGAAUGUGUCUGCAAGAUCAAUGAAGAUUGUGUGCUCCCACGCUGGCACAUGAAUGACUUCUUUCACUCCUUCCUGAUUGUGUUUCGUGUGCUGUGUGGAGAGUGGAUAGAGACCAUGUGGGACUGUAUGGAAGUUGCCAGUCAAGGCAUGUGCCUCAUUGUUUAUAUGAUGGUCAUGGUCAUUGGAAACCUGGUGGUGCUGAACCUAUUUCUGGCUUUACUAUUGAGUUCUUUUAGUUCAGACAAUCUUACAGCACUUGAUGAAGACACUGAUGCAAACAACCUCCAGAUUGCAGUGGCCAGAAUAAAAAAAGGAAUAAGUUAUUUAAAACAAAGUUCACGUGAAUUUAUUCUAAAGGCAUUUUCCAACAAGUCAAAGAUUUCCAAAGAUAUAAAAGCAGCAAAAGAUCGAAACACUGUGAAGGAAAACUCUAUCUCUAAUCGCACACUUGCUGAAAUGAACAAAGAGCACAAUUUUUAUAAAGAAAAUGAUAAAAUGAGUGGCUUUGAAAGCAGCAUGGAUAAAUAUCUUAUGGAAGAAAGUGACUGUCAAUCAUUUAUUCAUAAUCCCAACCUCACAGUCACAGUACCCAUCGCUCCUGGAGAAUCAGAUCUGGAAAAUAUAAAUACUGAGGAACUUAGCAGUGACUAUGAUAGCGAUUACAGCAAAGGGAGACCCAACCGAUCAAGUUCUUCUGAAUGCAGCACAGUUGAUAAUCCUCAACCAGGAGAAGAGGAAGCUGAGGCUGAACCUGUCAAUCCAGAUGAGCCAGAGGCCUGUUUUACAGAUGAUUGUGUAAGGAGGUUCACAUGCUGUCAAGUUAACAUAGAAUCAGGGAAAGGAAAAAUCUGGUGGAACAUCAGGAAAACCUGCUACCGAAUAGUUGAGCACAACUGGUUUGAAAGUUUCAUUGUUCUCAUGAUCUUGCUCAGCAGCGGUGCUCUGGCUUUUGAAGAUAUAUAUAUUGAAAAGAAAAAAACCAUUAAGAUUGUCCUUGAGUAUGCUGACAAGAUAUUCACUUACAUAUUUAUUUUGGAAAUGCUUCUGAAAUGGAUAGCAUAUGGUUAUAAAACAUACUUCACCAAUGCCUGGUGUUGGCUGGAUUUCUUGAUUGUUGAUGUUUCCUUGGUUACUUUAGUUGCAAACACUCUUGGUUAUUCUGAUCUUGGCCCCAUUAAAUCCCUUCGGACCCUGAGGGCUUUAAGACCAUUAAGAGCUUUAUCUAGAUUUGAAGGCAUGAGGGUGGUUGUGAAUGCACUCAUUGGUGCAAUUCCUUCCAUCAUGAAUGUGCUGCUUGUGUGUCUUAUAUUCUGGCUAAUAUUUAGCAUCAUGGGAGUGAACUUAUUUGCUGGCAAGUUCUAUGAGUGUGUGAACACUACAGAUGGGUCACGGUUUCUUAAACAUCAAGUUGAAAAUCGUUCUGAGUGUCUUGCUCUUAUAAAUGUUAGUCAAAAUGUGCGAUGGAAAAACCUGAAAGUGAACUUCGAUAAUGUUGGAUUGGGCUACCUGUCCCUGCUACAAGUUGCUACAUUUAAGGGAUGGAUGGAUAUUAUGUAUGCAGCAGUUGAUUCUGUUAAUGUAGACAAGCAGCCCAUAUAUGAAUACAAUCUCUACAUGUAUCUUUACUUUGUCAUCUUUAUUAUCUUUGGUUCAUUCUUCACUUUGAAUUUGUUCAUUGGUGUCAUCAUAGAUAAUUUCAAUCAACAGAAAAAGAAGCUUGGAGGUCAAGACAUCUUUAUGACUGAAGAACAGAAGAAAUAUUACAAUGCAAUGAAAAAGCUGGGUUCCAAGAAACCACAAAAGCCAAUACCACGGCCAGGGAACAAAUUCCAAGGAUGCAUAUUUGACCUAGUAACAAACCAAGUUUUUGAUAUUGCCAUAAUGGCUCUUAUCUGCCUCAACAUGGUAACCAUGAUGGUUGAAAAAGAAGGACAAAGUGAUGAAAUGACUGAUGUUUUAUACUGGAUAAAUGUAGUUUUCGUUAUCCUUUUUUCUGGUGAAUGUGUGCUGAAGUUGAUCUCCCUCAGACACUACUACUUCACUGUAGGAUGGAACAUUUUUGAUUUUGUGGUUGUGAUUCUCUCUAUUGUAGGCACGUUUCUAGCUGAAUUGAUAGAAAGGUAUUUUGUAUCUCCUACCUUAUUCCGAGUCAUCCGUCUCGCCAGGAUUGGUCGAAUCUUGCGUCUGAUCAAAGGGGCCAAGGGGAUCCGCACUCUGCUCUUUGCCCUGAUGAUGUCCCUCCCUGCCCUGUUUAACAUCGGCCUCCUGCUCUUCCUGGUCAUGUUCAUCUACGCCAUCUUUGGAAUGUCCAAUUUUGCCUAUGUUAAAAAGGAAGCUGGUAUUAAUGACAUGUUCAACUUUGAAACCUUUGGCAAUAGCAUGAUCUGCCUGUUUCAGAUUACCACCUCCGCUGGCUGGGAUGGAUUGCUAGCACCUAUUCUCAACAGCGCACCACCCGACUGUGACCCCAAAAAAUAUCAUCCCGGAAGUUCAGUUGAAGGAGACUGUGGAAACCCAUCUGUUGGUAUAUUCUAUUUUGUCAGUUACAUUAUCAUCUCAUUCCUGGUUGUGGUGAACAUGUACAUCGCUGUCAUCCUGGAGAACUUCAGUGUGGCUACUGAAGAAAGUACUGAACCCCUGAGCGAGGAUGACUUUGAGAUGUUCUACGAGGUUUGGGAGAAGUUUGAUCCCGAUGCCACCCAGUUCAUUGAAUAUAGUAAACUCUCUGAUUUUGCAGCUGCCCUGGAUCCUCCUCUUCUUAUAGCAAAACCAAAUAAAGUCCAACUCAUUGCUAUGGAUCUGCCUAUGGUUAGUGGCGAUAGGAUCCAUUGCCUUGACAUCUUAUUUGCUUUUACAAAGCGUGUUUUGGGUGAAGGUGGAGAGAUGGAUUCUCUACGUUCACAGAUGGAAGAAAGGUUCAUGUCUGCAAAUCCUUCUAAAGUAUCUUAUGAACCCAUCACAACAACGCUAAAACGAAAGCAAGAGGAUGUGUCUGCCAUUAUCAUUCAACGUGCUUAUAGACAUUACCGCUUGAGGAAAAAUGUAAAAAAUAUAUCAAGUAUAUACAUAAAAGAUGGAGAAAGAGAUGAUGAUUUGCCCAAUAAAGAAGAUCUAGUUUUUGGUAAUGUUAAUGAGAAUUCAAGUCCAGAAAAAACAGAUGCAACGCCAUCAACCACCUCUCCACCUUCAUAUGAUAGUGUAACAAAGCCAGACAAAGAGAAAUAUGAAAAAGAUAAAACAGAAAAGGAAAAUAAAGGUAAAGAUGGCAAGGAAAGUGAAAAAUAGAGCUCAAUUUUUAAUAAAUUGUUUACAAACUGAGAAGGUGAUAUAUUUGUGUCAAUAAGACUCUUUUUAAGGAGGUCUAUGCCAAAACUAUUUUUAGCAAAAUAUUUUCAAAGUCAGUACAGUCAUAUGCUCUGAUUUUCUGGGAAAGAUGGGCAGUGUUCACAGAUGGCUAUUUUUGCAUUGGUAAAUAAUUCUGUAGGAAUUUUACUAAUAGCACGGAAGGGA